UGAGUAAUUUCACGUAAGCGUGCUGCUCCAAAACAAAAACACCGCGCAACAGAACCCUGCACCAAAAUAUCCUAUGCAAAUCCGGAAUGGCCACCGCCUCAGGCCGCUGUGACUCGCUCCUUCAACGCUUCUCCGACCAGCUGCAGUGCGUGAUUUGCGCCGAGCUGCCCCGAAAUGCGCACAUUUGUCCGCACUGUUCCGCUUUAUUCUGCCAUGACUGCGUGUGGCAGUGGCUGACCCGGGCCGCCGACGAAGACACCGAGGACGUCGAAAGUUGCCCCCACUGCCGCAAGCAGCUGCGGCCGGGUCGGUUGGUUAAGUUGCAGUGGUUUGGGGCGCGGGUGGAACCGCUGCGGGAGGCGUUGGAGAGGGCGGUGAACGGGGACGAUCAGGCGGCCGGGAGCGAUCUGAACCUGCCACAGGACGUGGAGCCCAAGCCGCAGUUUACGGUGGGCACGUUCACGCUGAGGAACUUUCGACCGCAGCAGAUGCCAACGCGGAUCUUCUCGCAGAAGGUCGUGGAUGAUUUGGGUUCGAUUUGGCGGCUGGAGGUUUUCCCCCGGGGAGAGUGGAUCUCGGCGUACCUUACGUUGAACAAGGGCCUUGAGGGGCGGUACGAGUACAUAAUUGAAACGCUCAACAACUUUCCGAAGAGGUUGCGAUUCGAGAGCAACUUUAAGCAACGAUCGAGCUUUGGAGCGGCGGAAUUCAUCGAUACGAGACCGAUUCCGGGUAAUGCUGCGCCGAUGAACAUCAACUUCCGGUACUUUGUACGACCCGUGUCGUUUGAGGAGAAGUGCAAGCUGCAGCAGAAGUUGCUCGACAAGUUGGACAAACAGGAUGAGCUGUUGAAGGGAAAUCCCAACACAUUUUACUACCGCGUUGAGAACUUCUCCGACUUUAACAAGUCCACCGAUCGGCAGCAGGAAAGUUACGAGGACGACCUGUUCAACAAUUGGCGCAUGGAGCUCAACACCGGCCACUCUCCGCGCUUCCUAGAGAUGAAAGUCCAGCUUAUGUGCGGCGUGCCCGGUUUGUACGAGGUCCGGUUGCAGCUCACGAACGAGGUACCGGAGUGCAACAAGAAGCUCUCCUUUCAGCACACGUUCGAGCCCGGCUGGACGGCCGUCUUCAACAUGCAGAUUCGCUGGGGCCAGCUGGAUGAGUACGGCUUUACGCACUUUGACGCCGACUUUCUGGAGGUGAUUGCGACCGUCUGUCCGAUCCACUUGAACCAUCAGGAGCUGCAGGAGCUGCUGUUUUUGAGUGACGACGACGAGGACGAUCACGGGUCGUACGAGAGCAAUGGCAGCAGUGAGGUAGCGUCCGAGGAGGGUGAACAGUACUACUAUUGAAGAUUCCAAAUAACUUUUAACAAAAGAGAUCACGGGUUUAUUAUUUACAUUUAAAAAUUACACAAGAUAGUUCUGUUGAACUUCAGUCA